CGACAUCCAACUGUUCUCAAAACUCUUGAAGUUUUCAGACGCCAACUCAGACGACAUCUCCGACAUUCCGUUCAUGCAGCUCAAUAAAAAUAAUUUACAAAUGCUGCAUUUGGUACUAGAAAUCCGCGAUGGGAUGAAUCCGCCACGAGUUUUGGCCCAGCGAUACUUCCCUAUUAUGCUUAGUCACCGCUAUUGGACAACGACGACCCUAGCCUGGAAGGUGUGUGACUCGACACCAGUCAUACAAUCCCAACCAAACGACAAUCGGAUUCUUCAUUCUUUCAACACAACGGCCACUUCCGAAAAUCACCAAAAAGAAAAUUCGGACAAGAAUUCAAAGUAAUCAUGCCAACAUCAAUGCAAAAGAAUCUUCACGGGAAAACCGUCCUCAUAACCGGCGCGUCCUCCGGCAUUGGGCGAAGCACUGCAUUCGAAUUCGCCCGCACCAGUCCUUCCGACCUCAAACUUGUCCUGACAGCACGGCGGAUCGACCGUUUACAUCAGAUUGCGGAAGAAAUUCAGAAAGAAGUGGGCGCCGGCGUCAAGAUUCACAGCGUAAAAUUGGAUGUCAGCAAGCCCGACGAAGUUAAUUCUUUGAUAGAAAGUCUUCCCGCAGAAUUUAGAGGAAUCGAUGUUUUGGUUAAUAAUGCUGGGUUCAUGUCUGGCGUUGAACGGCCUCCGGAUGUCCCUCAUCAAGUGAUUCAAGAUGUAUAUGCGACGAAUGUCACGGGUGUUAUCAACAUGACGCAAGCUGUUCUUUCUGUAUUCAAAGCUAGGCCAGAUGGUGGGAGAGGCGAUAUCAUAAUGUUGGGGAGUAUCGCUGGGCGAGAACCUUACCCUGGUGGGACAAUUUACUGCUCGAGCAAAGCUGCCGUUAGAUCUUUCACGGAUGCUUUGCGGAAGGAACUCAUCAACACUCGCAUUCGUGUCAUGACGGUUGAUCUUGGACAGGUCCUUACUGAAUUUAAUGAUAUUCGUUAUCGCGGAGACAAGGAAAAGGCAGAUGCUGUUUAUGCCGGAUGCGAUCCUUUGACUGCAGAUGAUAUUGCCGAAAUUAUUGUUUUCGCAGCUGGUAGACGCGAGAAUGUUGUUGUGGCAGACACAUUGGUGUUUCCAAGUCACCAGGCUUCACCUUUCCAUGUUCAUCGUAAAUAGUAAGAGGAACGAUGUGCCCUUGUUCAAUGAUUAGACAUACAUUUUAGAUACUGCUAUUGUCAAUUUGGGUUCAAGUUUCUUGUUGAAAACAGAUGUAAAUGAAAUCCAC